AUGUUUCGAAAACCGUGCAUAUCAAGGGAAUCAACAAAACGAAGGUUAAUAUGGGCCAAACACGCCUGGAGAAAAGAGGACACAAUGAUAAAAGCAGUAAUCAAAGAAGAUCCGAUAGAAAAUAGGCCUCAGCGCAGACCCCGCCUUAGAUGCGAAGAUUGUGGGAAGUGGAAAGUUAAAGCAGUAGAUUCAAAAUCAAACCGAAAGAAAGUAGCAGAAGACAGAGAGAGAUGGAAGAAAAUUUGCUGUACAGGAUGGUCUUUGAACCUCUGA